AUGUCUGAGAAACGCACAUUACUCGCAGCAAUUACUGAUGAAGAUACCACUACUGGUUUACUACUAGCCGGUGUAGGACAGAUUACGCCAGAAACUGAAGAUAAGAAUUUUUUUGUAUUCCAAGACGGUAAAACCACUAAAGAGCAGAUCGCGCAAGCAUUCGAUAAGUUCACCUCAGAACGAGAUGAUAUUGCCAUUCUUCUGAUUAACCAGCAUAUUGCUGAACUGAUUAGAUCUCAUGUUGAUAAUUUUACCAAUGCCUUCCCAGCAAUCUUGGAGAUACCUUCAAAAGAUCACCCAUACGAUCCCGAGAAGGAUUCCGUCUUAAAAAGGGUUAGAAGAUUGUUUGGAGAAUGA